CAGUCGUACCUCAAAGAGGCCUGUCUGCAAUGCCCCCUCAGCCAUGGCGAAUCCGUGGUGGAUCAAUCCUAGUACGGCGUAGCUGAAUAUGGCUUGAGUACAGACUCGCCCUGGACUCGAACAGGAUAUAUCUGCCCUGCCUGUCCCGUGCCUUUGCAUGAUUGUGAUGCUCCAUUUUCAUUCACAACCUGGACUCGAUUGAAGCACACUCCCAGUGCUUCAGAUCCACUGCCUCUUCAUCACCAUGAGGUCCGCACCGCCCGAGGUCAUUGCAACAUGGCCAAAGCCAAACUACAUCGACCCCGUCACGCGUGGUCCCGCCUUAAUGGUGGUCGAGCUCACACUAUUGCCCAUCGCCAUGAUUAUCGUCUUCUUGAGACUGUACGUCCGGAUUGUGUGGCUGAAGAAGAGCUGGUGGGAUGACUACCUCAUGGUUGCUGCUAUGGUCUUCUCCAUCGGAACCACAGUGCUGGUCAUCAUGGCGACACAGAUGUACGGCUGGGAUAAGCAUGUGUGGGACAUGAAACUCCCCGAACUAUCGACUGGGAGAAAGGCGUCGAUGGCUGGUCAGACCUUAUUCGUCCUUGCUUCGAGCACCGUCAAGAUGUCUAUCCUUGUAUCGUAUUUUCGCAUCGCACCCGAUAAGUCGCUUUUCCGUAAGCUUGUUUGGGGCACAUUCGCUCUGGUGUUCGCCGCGUUCGUUGUCUUCAUCGUGGCACUGUGGGUGCAAUGCAUUCCCAUCUCCAGCUAUUGGGAGCUUACUGCAGACCACCGAGACUGCAUCCCGGAAGGGCCGCCCUUGAUGGUACAAAGCACUCUAAACGUAGUCACUGACUUCAUGAUUUACGCCUUACCAAUCCCGACACUCUUCACGCUCUCGCUACCAUGGAACCAGCGCAUCGGUCUCGUGGUUCUUUUCUCUGUAGGAGGUGUCAUCGUCGUAGCUGGUAGUUUCCGAGCGUACUGGAUCCACUACACCCUCUUCGAGACAUAUGAUGCCACCUGGGAGGGCUACAACAUCUGGAUCUGGACUGCCAUUGAGACCAACGUAGGUGUGAUCUGUGGUUGUAUACCUGCUCUCAAACCACUACUGUUCCGUACACGUGCACGAGCGCAAGCCUCGAAGUACGCCAAUGGGUCUGACCACGGCAGGAGAAGGGAGAAAUUCACGCCGAUCGUCGAUCAGGUCGAGAUGGACUCGCGCGGACCGGCUCGUGUCAUCAACGAAUCGCGGCCUGGCACCGCAGCUCCAUUGCAAUAUGACAGUCCUCUGUCUGAGCGACCCAUGAGUGGUUCAACCGACAAAAGUCGUUUUGAGAUGGAUAUCGAACAACAAAAGACUUACAUGUGCUGAUCAACAGUACUUUCCAUCUUUUCUCCUCCCAAAAACAAAAAUUACAUACGUUCAAUCUUGUAGACAGUAGAGUUUCCUGGGUCGCUCCUCCUCUUGUCACGUCUGUCCGCAUCUUUACUCUUUAUUAAUGAUUCGCAUUGGGAAUAGCACGGGUGGCGGUUCUCUUCAUUUAGCGACUACCCUUAUUGAUUCAAUGGCUGCGCAUGCCAUUGUCUGCCUUCUACUACCCGUCAAGGCAGUCGAGUCGAUAGCUCCAAUGUACGAUAUCGUCUCA